GAGCGUCCCCGUACUGCGUGACUGCUGUUGUUGACAUUGCACACUGAACGAGAUUCGGACCGUUUCGUUCACGAUCGUGUUAUAAAUACACACAGAAAACAGAUUUAUUGGACUUGGAUUCACUCCGUGUUGAUUUGCUGUUUAUUUCGUGGUUGUCACUUUACUCUGACGGGGACGGAGGUAACGUCUGAAGCUAAUCGGUAUUACAGGAAGUUAGCUCAUUAGUUAGCGCAUUAGUUAGCCAUGCGGAGUGUAUUUCAACUCAGCUAACAGAUCUCGCUGCUACACGGUUCAGACGUGGGUUUAUUGUAGCCGGGAGCCGGUUUAAUAGCGCUCUCACAAGAUGGCAGUAGAGCUUGACGUGUUUGUGGGUAACACCACUAUCAUGGACGAGGAGGUUUACCAGCUCUGGUUGGAUGGAUACACAGUGAACGACGCGGUGACCGUGCGAAUGGAGGGAGGCGUACUGGAGGAGUUUGAAGCCAGUGCAGAUGUUCUGCUGAGCGACACCAUGGACCAGUACAGGACCUUCCAGAUGUGCGAGCGUCUGCUGCAUAGUCCGGCCAAACUGGCCAACCAGCUGCUGUUCCAGAUCCCGCCUCAUCGACAAGCCAUGCUCAUAGAGAGAUAUUAUGCUUUUGAUGAUUCGUUUGUCCGUGAGGUCCUAGGAAAGAAACUCUCCAAAGGAACAAAGAAAGACUUGGAUGAUAUCAGUGCUAAGACAGGCGUGAUGCUGAAAAGCUGCAGACGGCAGUUUGACAACUUCAAACGCGUUUUCAAAGUUGUGGAGGAGCUGAAGGGACCCCUGGUGGAGAACAUACGGCAGCAUUUCCUUCUGUCGGACAAGCUUGCCAGGGAUUACGCUGCCAUUGUUUUCUUUGCCAACAAUCGCUUUGAGACAGGAAAAAGAAAGCUGCUGUAUCUCACAUUCCAGGACUUUGCCUUCUGUGCCGGGCAGCUUAUCAACAACUGGACUGUCGGGGCCGUCGAUAGCAUGGUGGAAGACAUGGACGUCGAUCUGGACAAAGAGUUUUUACAAGAGCUGAAAGAACUAAAGAUUUUAAUCAGUGACAAAGAUCUUCUAGAUCAACACAAAAGUCUGGUUUGCACAGCUCUCCGGGGAAAGACUAAAGCGUUUAACGAGAUGGAGGCGAAUUUCAAGAAUCUCUCCAGGGGUCUCGUCAACAUUGCCGCUAAAUUAACAAACACCAAAGACGUCCGGGAUUUCUUCAUUGAUCUAGUGGAGAAGUUUAUUGAGCCGUGCCGUUCAGACCGGUGGACAGCGGCGGACAUGAAACUCUAUCUCACCCACUACACCAACUCCGCGCACAUACUCGACACAUUCAAACACCAGGUCGUAUGGGACCGAUACAUGGGCGUCAUCAAAAGCUGUAUCUUCAAAAUGUAUCACGACUGACACGUCGCUCCUCUCUUCUACUCGCCCCGGCGAUGAAUUUUAUUGUUUGACUUUAUUUCAAUAAUUCCCAUUUUGGCUCCAAACACCCAUUUGUACCCUAGUGUCAUUUUCAUUGUCUGUAUAUUUGAUCUGUAAAUAAAAUCAACGUAUUUCCA